AUGGCCGCAAAAGGCGAGGGGCCUGCAAUUGGGAUUGAUUUGGGGACCACUUACUCAUGCGUGGACGUGUGGCACCACGACCGCGUCGAGAUCAUAGCCAAUGAUCAAGGAAAUCGCACCACGCCAUCCUAUGUCGCUUUUGCCGACGGCGAGCGUCUCAUUGGCGAAACCACCAUUAACCAGGCCGGCAUGAAUCCCGCAAACACAGUCUUUUGUUCCACAUUGCACAGUAUAUAUGCCAAGCGGUUGAUCGGGAGACGAUACAGCGACGCCUCUGUGCAUGCUGACAUAAAGCUGUGGCCUUUCAAGGUUGUCCCGGACCCCACGGACAAGCCCAUGAUUGUGGUCUCCCACAAUGGCGAGGAGAAGCAGUUCCCCCCUGAGGAGAUAUCUUCCAUGGUCCUCACCAAGAUGGCUGCCAUUGCCGACUCCUAUCUGGCCCCACCCUUGUCCGGGAUGCCACAGACCACCAAGGAUGUCGGUGCCAUUGACGGCCUCAAUGUCAUCCGCAUCAUCAAUGAGCCCACUGCUGCCGCCAUUGCCUAUGGCCUCAACUAUAAAGGAGAGAAGAAGAAUGUGUUGGUCUUCGACUUAGGUGGUGGCACCUGUGACGUCUCCAUCCUGACAAUAUCAAAGGGUACCUUCGAGGUGAGGGCCACCGCUGGCGACACCCACCUUGGCGGGGAGGAUUUCGACAACCGCAUUGUUGCUCACUUUGCCAAAGAGUUCAAGCGCAAGAACAACAAGGACCUUUCUGAAAACCUGCGGGCCCUACGGAGGCUGAGGACAGCUUGCGAGAGGGCGAAGAGGGUUCUCUCGACCAAUACUAAGACCAAUGUGGACGUUGAGUGUCUGCACGAGGGAAUUGACUUUUACUCUAGCAUUACCUGCGAUAAAUUCGAGGAUCUCAACAUGGACCUGUUCGAAAAAUGCGCCGAGCCUGUAGAGAGCUGCCUGAGAGAUGCUGGGGUGGAGAAGGCUGCCAUCCAUGAUGUCGUUCUGGUUGGAGGCUCGAGCAGGAUUCCCAAGGUUCAUAAGAUGCUGCAGUUUAUUUUCGUGGGAAAGGAGCUGUGCAGGAGCAUUAACCCGGAUGAGGCUGUUGCGUACGGUGCCGCCGUGCAGGCAGCCGUCCUACGUGGCAUAGGGGACGACAAGGUGCGGGACCUCGUACUCCUCGAUGUGACCCCUCUCUCACUAGGAGUGCACACUGUCGAGGAGGCCAUGUAUGUCGUGGUCCCGCGGAACACGACUCUCCCCACCCAGAAAGAGCGAACAUUGUACACAAAUGUAUAUAACCAGACAUCUGUGAGACUCCCGGUCUACGAGGGCGAGCAGGCGAGGUCAACGGACAACAACCUGCUCGCGCAGUUCAUACUGAAGGGAAUUCCACCUACCCCGAGGCGCGUGCAAAUGGUGGACGUGNCCCAGAAAGAGCGAACAUUGUACACAAAUGUAUAUAACCAGACAUCUGUGAGACUCCCGGUCUACGAGGGCGAGCGGGCGAGGUCAACAGACAACAACCUGCUCGCGCAGUUCAUACUGAAGGGAAUUCCACCUACCCCGAGGCGCGUGCAAAUGGUGGACGUGUGCUUCAAAAUUGACGCCAACGGCAUACUCAGUGAUAGUGUGGGAUGCCGCGAGACACAGGGGGAGGAUGAUGACUACAGGAGGAGGGUCAAUGCUAGGAACAGCCUCGAGGAUUAUGCUUAUGAAAUGAGGAACACAAUCAGUGCUGCAGCCGGGCUGGCGGCGACCGAUAAGAAGAUGGUGGAGGAUGCGGCGGUGUCGAUUAUUCAGUGGGUGAGGGAGAUGAAUUGGAUGAAGGCCAGUGUAGAUGAGCUCAACCAUAGGAUG